AGCAACAACAACCGUUAGUUAUUAAACGUUCAACUGUCAACCAAGUCACCUUGUCCUCCUGUAUCAUAGUUGUUUGUUAAUUGUGAUUAACCUAAUUCAAUGGCUUCGUUACUUGUCAAAUCAUCAACAGGUAAACAACGAUCACCAAUUAAAACGAAAGACAGUGUUGAGAUAGUCCAAGAAUGGGACAGUCAAUUUGAUAAACAAUGGAACAGCAUGAAAGAUGAUUUAGUUCAACUAAAUCAAUUAGCUGAUAAGUUAAUUGAGAACAAGGAAUUGGAAAAUGCUGUUUACACCGUUCUAGAUGAUUUCAAGAUCAGUGAGAAGCUUUUGGAAAGUAUUUGUAAAUGGAUUUACGCUUACAGGUCAAGUAAUGAGAAAUUACAUCAAUAUGUACUUAAUUAUGUUCCAAGUUUAAUGUGCCUUCUAUUACAAUCGAGUGUAAUUCCCACCGAGGGAAGGAAAAAGUACAAAUGUGUCGAGGCGAGUUUACUAAAUAUCUAUAAUAAGGAGAUUGUCGAUGAAGAGGGAAAACCGAAAAAAGUGACCAUGAGAAUUCCCGAUCUGAGUAAACCAUCAAUCUAUCACAAUACACCUUUGAGUACUUCGUCACCGGGACCUGCUAAUCUCACCGAACAGACUUUGAAAUUUUUGGAAACUUCGUUACCCGAUAAGCCGAUUCCAACUUUUGGACCUUACGAACAGGUUGAAAGGUUACAUGCAAGUAACCGAAGUAAAACAAUGACCGUUCUGGUUCGAGUUUAUUAUCAAAAUUUAAAUUAUGUUAGUAAAAAUUCAUGGAAGGUCAUGUGUAGGGUCGCAUUGAAAUUGUUGAAAAUGAGUGGACCAAGAUCACCCUCUGAACAAGCUCAUGCCCUUUCCGUUGCUAAAGCGGCCGUGGCAGCGGCAGAGAAAACACCUUCAGGCGUAAUGACACUUAAUGAAAUGUUCGGUGUUGGUUUGGCUCGAAUUCAAUUGGAAAGUCCUUGGUUCGUUGAGGUGCUUCGUUGUGUCUAUGUUUUCCUCUAUAACGGAAUAACUGACCUUGGUACGAAAGUAUUACAGCAAAUUCACAAUCGAGCGGUCAAAGAGCUUUGGACUGAUGUUUUGUUGAUUUCAAAUGCUAUGAUUCAUUCAUUUAAAAUUGACCCUAAUCCAAAUGCCGAUACUGAACCCGAUCUUUCAGGUAGUCGAAGUGAUGUUCGAUCGCCAAUAUCAACUAUUCUUACUGCGACAGCUUCCAAUAAAACGCCAACAACAGCGGCGACUUUUAAACCUUCAAAAUUGCCUGAGGACAUUCCGAUCGUCGGUGGUCCAACUCCAGAAUCUUCAACUGCCCCUGAAUCCGAUGAAUCGAGAAGUGCAACUUUAUCACCCGCUUCUCGACCAGCGUCUUCCAUGAAUAGAGAUUAAAUGAGCUUCAUCAAUUUAAUUAUUUCAUAAUCUCAAUUGUCAAAUAGUCUUUACAAUCAUAACAAUUUUAACUGUUCUUUUAUCAAGUGUUUUUUAAUCAACUAACUUUUCUCAACUCAACUGAUUAAAAAAAUUUUUAUUCUUUCAAAAUAAACAA